AUGGCCGAGAACUAUUUGAAGGACUUUGUGAUCGAUGGGGCCGACGUGUACCUGUCGACGUGCGCGGGAGCGACCACUCUCACGAACAGGCAAUUUCCCGUGGUCAUCCUGGAGGAGAGCUCUCGCAUCGGCACGAACGCGGCGCUGCGGCCCAUCAGCCUGCUGGACACCGAAAACAACCACUUUCGGGACCCGACCCUUUUCGACGCCAUUUUGGGAGCGCAUCACGAGCUUGAC